GAAUUUUUGUGAUAAUAAUGUCUGUCAUGUCCUCUUCAGAAUUAUUAACUGAAGCAGGUGGCAUCAAGAUAUACAUGACAGAAGAACAUACAUCUACUGAUUCCACGACUACCGGCAAAAUUUGUGUAACAUUGAAGAAUAUAAAAGAAACCAAAACAAAAGAUAAAUCUUAUGGAUUUCAUCUUACAAAAUCAAAGUGGGAUCCCUAUCCAUGGGUAGGCUGUGUUGAAACUGGUAGUUUAGCGGAUACAGCUGGUCUCAGACCUGGUGAUUGUUUAAUAAGUAUAGAUGGUAAAGAUUUAGUAGGAUUAAAAAUAAAACAGAUAGCAACAUUAAUUCAGUGUUAUCAAGAUGAUAAUAUAAAGUUAUACGUGUGGAGAAAUGUUGAUGAAGACACUCAGGAGGACUCAGGAAUAGCUAUAAAAGGACCACUGCCAGAAGUAGCCAGCAAACUUGCAAAUGCACUAUCUGGAGUUGUACGAGUUUUAGAAUGUCCAAUCUGUUUGGAAAGUUCACUGCCUCCAGUCUCUCAGUGUGUACAUGGUCAUAUCUUGUGCAUGGAAUGUCGUCCAAGGACACCUCGUUGUCCAAUCUGUAGAGUUAGAUUAGGUCAAGGUAGAUGCUUGCUCGCAGAUAAACUUCAUAAGAUAUUUCGCGAUGUUUUUAACAUAAAGGACGAUUUACCUGAUAACGCAGAACAUCGUACACAAAGUUUUCGAGACCGAUUGUUUGGUAAAUGUAAAAAGAAAACAGUAGAGCAAACAGAAAGAGAUAAUAACAGUGUAAGUUCAAAAACUCGUCGAUUAUUAUUAAGUAAAUUAUUUCGUGUUGGAAUAGAGAAAGCUACGUCGGCGGAUAAUUUAACAAUAACUUCUACCCAAACACUGAAUAUGAAUAAAGCACAGUCGAGUAAUUUCAACGACUGCUUGAAUUUGUAUGACCGCAUAAAAUCUGCAAGUACCGGUGAAUUAUCAAAGGAAACAAUGAAAAAUAUUCAUGAACAUUUGCAAACUGAUUCAAUGACUGGAACAACAUCCAGCACUACCAGUUUAAUGUCGAACGUACCUGCUACACCUGUUUGGGGAGGUUCUAUGAAUUCUAUCUCCUUUAUGCAAAUAUCAUGUCCCCUUGCAAAGCAAAGUGGCUGUAGAGACAUUAUAACAUCUGAUACAGUGUUAGAACAUUUAAGCGUAAAUCACGAAGUACCACAAGUCCAUUUUUAUUCUAUUCAUAUAAAACUUCCAUUCCCACUUCCACUUGGUUCUGAAGCUGUUUAUGUAUUACAUUGUGGCGAAGAUAUUUUUUUCUUUCAGUGUGAAGGAGAAAUCGUUUGGAUGAGUAGUACUAUAAGAGAAAAAAUGUUAUGGGAAUGGAGUUUACAUGGCCAAGGAGAAAAUGGUAGUGUAGUAAAGGUGCGAAGAAAUGUUGUAAGUCUUGUGAACCCAGUAAUGUUAACACCACAACAUAUUGCAUCUUUGCCAAACACUUUGCUAUUGCACACACUGGACAUUCAAUUACAAGAAUGUCACUCACCCGAACUGGCAGUGUAAAAUACAUAUCUGAUAUGACAAAAUAAUCAAAUUUUUUAUUAUCCUUAUUAUUAUUAUUUAUAAUUAACAAGUUCAUAUUUUAUUAUAAAAAAUCGACAUAGAAAUAUCACGAUAUUAAUAUAAGAAUUCCUUAGUAAAUAUUACCAUGCAUUAUAAAAUGCAUGUGAGAUAU